GGCGAAGAAGAGCGGUAGGUGGGAAAACCCGUGUUGAAGAAGAAAGUAACACACUAAACAGAAAGGAAAUAUCUUCAGAAUGCUUCCCCUGUCUUUGCUGAAGACUGCCCAGAACCAUCCUAUGCUGGUGGAGCUGAAGAAUGGAGAGACGUACAACGGCCACCUGGUCAGCUGUGACAACUGGAUGAACAUCAACCUGAGAGAAGUCAUUUGCACCUCCAGGGAUGGAGAUAAGUUCUGGAGGAUGCCUGAGUGCUACAUCCGAGGCAGCACCAUCAAGUAUCUGCGAAUCCCCGACGAGAUCAUCGACAUGGUGAAGGAGGAGGUGGUGUCGAAGGGCCGCGGACGUGGAGGCGCCCAGCAGAACAAGCAGCAGGGCAAAGGCAGAGGAGGAGCCGGCCGAGGUCUGUUUGGCGGUCGUGGCCGAGGGAUGACGGGUCCUGGUCGGGGCCAACAGCAGCAGCAGCAACAGCAGCAGCUGCAGCAGCCGGAUAAGAAACCAGGAAAACCGCCGGGAAUGAAGAACCAGCACUGACAGAUGACGAUGCACAUCUGACUACACAUCCUGUCAAUCAGAGUGAUUCCUCCUUCAGCACAUGAAGAUAAAAAUUAACUCUGGUGUUAUUGUUCUGCUGUGAUGUUUGUUAGGAGUGAUCGUUGCAGGAACCAAACCUGGAGACAUCGAGAGAAGCUGUGCUUUUGCACUGAAUUUUGUUUUUUAGCGUCUGGAAGUUGAUAACUUUUUUUUUUAUUAUUAUGACUGUAUGCCAGUUUAUCAGUCAGAGCUGGCAGGUUUCUCCUUUAGUACAAAUUUCUGCAUCAUUACAACAAAACUAUUUUGUUUCAUAAACCACAUUGUGUGUUUUCCCAAAUCAGGUUUGCAUCUGUUGGUACACUGGAACAAGUGUUUCAGGUUUUUUUUGUUGGUGGUCGUCUCCUCGUUUGUAGUUUCCAGUGUAGAAAGCACCCAACCCCAACUUCUGUUGCAUGAAUAUUUUUUAUAAUUUGCUCUUUAUUCUUGUGUUGGUUGUGACGUUCUGUGGUUUGCUGUGUUGUACAGUCUGAUCACAGCAGCCAGACAGUAGACGGACAGCAAGGAGACAAAGAUAUGGUCCCUGAAAAUGAACACUUUUGUUAAAGCAUUUGUAAGACAACACGUGAUGCUGAUAAUUAGGAUUUCUAGGAAACAACAUUCUCAUAUUCUUAUGUCUAAAAUGGAUAAGUCCAGCAUAUGUCGUGUUGGUUGGGUUUCAUUUUAUUUUUGUAACAAAAGACGAUAUUGUAAUUUAUUUACAUGAGAACAUGAGAAUUAAACAGCUUUUGUUAAAUCAA